AAUUAUUUACUUCUAUACCUACUAUUACCUACUGGUAGACUUGAUUGAUCAUAAAGUGAAGUAGCUAUUGCAGAACAAUGCUACGUUUUGUGUUAUGUGGAGCAAUUUUGACAAGCCUUACGGUAGCUCAGGACAUGUUUGAGGAUAAGACCCACGUAAUGACAGCUAGAUGCCGAGCACAAUGUCUCAAUAAGUUUCACCUGGACGGAUCGAAGGAGACUUGCUUCAAUAUCAACGACUGCCUCAUGUGUUGGGACACGUGCAACCUUUUCUACAAAAACUUCAAGGUCUGGGGAUCGAUGUGUGAACAAAGACGCCUUUGCUUCCCGGGCUGUCAGGAGGCAUGUAACUUCUACCACUCACACUCAGAUAUUAUUGAGGCUACCAGAACAGAUACCCACUUCACGCAACCACUCAAGUACAGCUACCGACCGGAAGAUGACACGAUUCACUUUGAGUGGUCUAGGCCUGAAGGCAAUGAUCAGGUCGACCCCCUGGUCUAUGUGCUCAUGAUGCAAGAUCAAGUGGCCGCUACCUGGCAGCAACUAGAACAGACUGUCUAUCAUAAUGCCACCGUGCGUCGCGGACUCCUCAAACCCUCUUCAUGGCUCCGUCUGACCGCAUACGAUUCUAAUGGAAAAAUUGCACGGAUUGAAAAGUCGUGUGCUGAGUUCGAUAUAAACAUGGACAUCGAUAAAGUAGAAGACAUGUUCCGCGACGAGGCAAGCCGCGAUGAAAAAGCUCACCGCGUAAGUGAUGACGACUCCGCUGACUACGUGGACUACUACCAGCAAUGGGUGCCUAUCCUCAACGUCCUGCGCUACUCGACUGCGAAUCCAGGCGGGAUCGAUGCCAUUAUCACAUGGCCACAUGUUUCCAACAAAGCCGACAUUAAGUACGAAGUUGAAUGGAAGCAUUCUAACGACACGAUCGACAUCACCGGCCAUCUUUACACCCACGGCAAUAUAGUCACCAUCACACUUUGGCCAAACAGCAUCUACCAAAUAAGUGUUCGUGCCUUUGCUUCUAGUUCGCACCGCGCUGUUGCACAGAGUAGGUCUCUCUACGUCGAUACGGCCACUGACGUAUCUGGAACACAUCCUUUCUUUGAGAGCUGCCCUGGUUGUAUUCCCGUCGAGUAUCUGGCAGGUCUGGCUGUUGGAGUGGCUGCGAUCGCUUUUAUUAUUGCCGUGGCCCUUGUGUUCAUUAAAUUGUGCCACCAGGACCGAAACGCCAGCCUAGAAGUAGGCCAGCUCCGCUCAGUUAACUCAGCCUUCGAAAGCACUAAAAGGCCGACUUCGUUUAAACGCAGCUCGGUAAAAAAGCAGCUGUCGUCAAUCAGCAAUUUGAUCACGCACGGUUCCUGUAAUAGUUCCGCUGAGAAACACGACCGUCUUAUAGAAGACGAAUCCUAUGGAAACGCUCAUUUUUCGGACAGUAGGUUAUGUGACAUAUAAAAAUCAGCGUGUUUUUAACGAUGGGCAAAAGCUGCGCACAACUGUUCUCCCGUACAGAUCUGAUUUGUCGACGUGGAUAAGCGAGGUGCGCUGACCUGUGUUUUAGGAUUUCGAUUAAUUGCACUCGUCGUUUGAAAUCUCCCAUUGAUCUCAACGCCUAGACAAUUGUGAGCGGAGCGUACGGUCUCAUUUUCUGUUCUCGCUUCGAGGUGAGGGCAACCGAUUUUUGCACCUUUGCACCGAUAAAAUCGUAUUAGAUCGUAAAAAUCGUAAUAAAAAAAAAGUCUUGCAUGAAAAAAACUGUAAUAUACUUAUAAAUACUGUAAAUAAUUAUGUAUAAAGACUUUCGUGUGUAUAUAUCUAUACCAUAUAUGUGAAGACAUAAUGUGAUAUUGCCUAUGAUGUAAAGGAGUGUAUUUUGCUAAUUUUUUGUGUUUGUUUAGAUACGCUUGCUUAAAGCUUAUAAAUAAUUAGGAAUUCGGUUAAAAAUUAUUGUUGUAUGAUGUUCAUCUGGUAGAUUAUUAAACCUAAUCAUAGAUGCGUGGACAAAAAGGAUGGAUGUUAUAUAACUAAUAUAUUGUGUGUAUAUACAGUAUGGGACAAA